UACUAGGAAGGUUUGAAAGCUAGAAGCCUCUGGUAAUUGGCUGAGCCUUAACCAGUGGGCGGGGCAUUCACUCAGGCCAGGGCUUUAUAAAGCUGCGCACAAGCGACCAGGGAGCUUAGUGAACAGGAGCUGCUAACAGGGAGUUUUGCAAGGGAGUUUGGAAGGGGAGUAGGAAGGGAGUGAGGGUCCCUUGUCGGUCCCAUCUGUGACCCAUUGCUCCCCUGAACCUAUAAACUGAGCCACAUCCAAAACCUUUCUGUUUACAGCAGAGCAGAGCGGACAGGGAGCUGUAGACGGGAAUUUGAGAGAGUUUGACAGAGGGAGGCUUACAAUGGUGAGGAGGACCCGCAACACCUGUGCCAGCACUGCUUCUGUCUCCUCCACCUGCGCCUGUAGCCAGACAGAGCACCAAAGCAUGGAUGCUUUUACCCAGAUUCUGGUGUGGGCUUGCAAAGACUGUAAUUUGCAAUUUCCACUUACUGAUAUCCAGGCUGGGGGUGGCAUCCAAUGUGAAAGGUGCCUACUGGUGGAAUCUCUCAGGCAGCAGGUGGGAGAGCUACAGGAGGAGGUGGCUAGGCUGAGGAACAUCCAUAUCCAUGAGCAAUUCCUGGACAGUAUCCAUGUGGAGACAGCUGACGGUGCUGUCCCAGUUGACAGGACUACUGACACACCAGUGGAGGAGGAGGCUCAGGGUGGACACAGCCAGCUGGUUACUUCUAGCAGCAGGCAGUGCUCCACUGCUGCUGCGAACCCUCCUGCUGUGGUAAAAGAUAACCGUUAUGCUCUUCUUGAUACAGGAGAGAAGGAAUCACCCCCAAGAGUUAAGGAGGUGAAGCCUCGUACCCCUAAGGCUGAGAGGUCUGCUGCCACCACUGAUAAGAAACGUAGGGUAGUGGUGGUUGGAGACUCUCUGCUGAGGGGGACGGAGACACCCAUCUGUCACCCUGACCAUUCAUCCCGGGAGGUAUGCUGCCUGCCAGGGGCCCAUAUCCGAGAUGUUACAGAGGCAUUGUCGAGGAUUAUCCGGCCUUCUGACUACUACCCCAUGCUACUCAUCCAUGUGGGCACAAAUGAUACUGCGAGGUGUGACACUGAGCAGAUCAAGAGUGACUACAGGGCUCUGGGAGUACGGGUUAAGGAGUUUGGAGCGCAGGUGGUAUUCUCUUCGAUUCUUCCUGUUGAAGGUAGUGGUCCGGGCAGAGACAGAUGCAUCGUGGAGGUGAAUGCCUGGCUGCGAAGAUGGUGUCGCCAGGAGGGCUUUGGCUUCCUCGACCAUGGGAUGCUAUUCGAGGAAGGACUGCUAGGAACAGAUGGCGUUCACCUUUCGAAGAGGGGAAAGGCCUUAUUUGCGCACAGACUGGCUAACCUAGUAAGGAGGGCUUUAAACUAGGUUCGACGGGGACAGGUGAGCAAAGCCCACAGGUAAGUGGGGAACAAGACCUGGGAGAUGGGUUGGAAACAGGA